AUGGAUGAACUGACUUAUUUGUCGAGGCUCAUUCCAACAGAGGAGGCUCAGCAAACAGGCUGCUUCACGUCCUUACCUAUCCGCGUUCAUCCCCGUAAUGACAUUGCCGACGGGGCAACAGUCAAGUUCACUGCAGACUGGGCCAAGCACGUUCGUGACGGCAGAGAGAAGAGAACUCACUUCUGCGUUUCCCCGGUGGGGAAUUGGAAUUCGUUCCUCUACCCUGAGGCCAUCCCCGAAAGGCUUGGUACUGUUUCUUAUCUACUGGACCUUGGUCUGAUUCACGACGAUGUGAAUGAGGAGCUCAGCAUCCAAGAUGCCAUGACGGCGCAUGAAUGCCUGAGGCCUGCCUUGGACCCUCAGGACAACCGCAAUUGGGACCCAGAGUCACCGCAAUUGAAAUUCAAGAUGCUCUUAUCCGAGUGUGUUCUUGAGUGUAUCAAAACAGAUCGCAAGCUUGGCACGGACAUGCUUGAGGCUUUUCGUGUUCUCUGGCUGGAUAUUGCCGAGAACGCCAGCAGCGAAGUGCCACAGACACUGGAAGACUAUUGGCGUGUACGAAUGUCAAAUGGUGGUAUGAGUGUUUUCUGGCCAAUGGUUCUGUUUGCCACAAACCUUCACCUCUCGGAGGAACAACAUGCUUUAGUCCAACCCAUAAUUGCCGCCGCCGAGGAAGCUCUUUGUUGGGCGAAUGACUACUUCAGCUAUGAACGUGAAGUCUGGGAGCUUGAGACCGGAAAGGCGAAACGCAUCGUCAACCUUGUCGAGAUGUUGUCCCGGACCAAGGGACUUUCGAGUACAGAUGCCAAGGCAGAAGUCAAAAGGAUGAUCUUGGAAGCUGAGGCUGAGUAUUGUCGGCUCCGCGACGAUCUGCUCAGUUCACACCCAGACAUGACCUUGGAUUUGAAACGUUGGAUUGAGUAUAUCGGUCUGUCGAUCUCCGGUAAUCACUAUUGGCUCUCGGCUUGUACCAGGCAAAAUGCAUGGAUGACCAAUGACACCCCCAAUGGCACCAAGAGCGACGAGCCAAGCACUGAUAGCAACGCCACGCCAUUGGAAACGCGAGAGCGACUUACCAAUGGCACGUCUAAUGGCACCAAGAGCGACGAGCCGAGUACUGAUAACAACGACACGAUAUUGAAAACUCCGAAAUGUCUUAACAACAGCGCGCCCAAUGAGACGCAUCCUGUCUGUCAUUAUCCGAAGGAAGAACUCAACGACUUGGCCGUGGCUGCACCUGUUACACACAUCUCUAGCAUGCCCUCCAAGGGCACGAGGACCCAGCUCAUCGAAGCCCUGAAUGCCUGGUUGAAGGUGCCUCCGGGAGCCUUAGCACACAUUAACUCGGCCAUCGAUAUGUUGCACAACGCCUCGCUGAUCCUGGACGACAUCGAGGACAACUCGCCUCUGCGGCGCGGACUUCCCGCCACCCACGUCGUCUUCGGGGCGGCACAGUCUAUCAACAGCGCGACCUUCAUGUUUGUGAAGGCGACGGCGGUGGUGCGCUCGGCGCUCAGCCCGGCGGCACUGGCGGCGCUGCUGGAGGGUCUCGAGACACUCUUCUUGGGCCAAAGCUGGGACCUCUACUGGAAGCACAACCUACAGUGCCCAGGCAAGCGCGAAUAUGUGAAGAUGGUGGACCACAAGACGGGCGGCAUGUUCGUCAUGCUGGUGCGACUGAUGGUGGCUGAGAGCCCGUGCUGGGGCGGCGCAGUCGUCGAGGACCUGGAGAGGCUGAUGCAGCUGCUGGGACGCUUCUUCCAGAUACGCGACGACUACCUGAACCUCAGUGCCUACGCUGCCCAGAAGGGCUUCGCCGAGGACCUGGACGAGGGCAAGUUCUCCUUCCCCGUCGUGUGCGGCUUUGAGAAGCAUCCCGAGCGGUGCGGCCACAUCCUCGCCGUCUUCAGACAGCGCCCAACCAGCGCGGCCGCUGAGGCUAAACCACUGUCCAGGGAGGUCAAGGAGCAUCUGAUAAAGUGCAUUGAGGCGGCUGGCGGCUUCGACGAGACUCUAAGGUGCCUAAGGAGCCUAGAGCACGAGCUAGACCGGGAGAUUGCCAGGCUUGAAGAGGGAUUGGGUCACGGUAAUCCCCUCCUCAGACUAUGCUUGGCUGCUCUGAGUAUGGAAGGAUGCGAGAAAAUUACAUACGGUAAUGCUGGGGCUCGGGAUGGCCGGCUGUUCAGAGAGUAG